AUGCCUCGCGGACCUAAGAAGCACCAGAAGCGCCUUAGCGCGCCUUCUCACUGGCUCCUGGACAAGAUGUCCGGAACCUAUGCCCCCAAGGCCUCCCCCGGUCCUCACAAGCUCCGGGACUGCCUGCCCCUGAUCGUCUUCAUCCGCAACCGUCUCAAGUACGCCCUUAACGGCCGUGAGACCAAGGCGAUCAUGAUGCAGCGUCUGAUCAAGGUCGACGGCAAGGUCCGCACCGACCCUACCUACCCCGCUGGUUUCAUGGACGUCAUCGGCAUCGAGAAGACCGGCGAGAACUUCCGUCUCAUCUACGACACCAAGGGUCGCUUCACCGUCCACCGCAUCCAGGCUGAGGAGGCCGAGUACAAGCUCUGCAAGGUCAAGCGUGUUCAGCUCGGCAAGGGCGGGAUCCCAUUCUUGGUUACGCACGAUGCGAGAACCAUCCGUUACCCCGAUCCCGCCAUCAAGGUUAACGACACCGUGAAGAUCGACAUUGCCACUGGCAAGAUCGCCGACUUCGUCAAGUUCGACACUGGUGUUGUCGCCAUGGCCACCGGUGGUCGUAACAUGGGUCGUGUCGGUGUCGUCACCCACCGUGAGCGCCACGAUGGUGGUUUCAACAUCGUCCACAUCAAGGACGCUAUUGACAACACCUUCGCCACCCGUGAGUCCAACGUCUUCGUCAUCGGUCAGGACAAGCCCUGGAUCUCCCUGCCCAAGGGCAAGGGUGUCAAGCUCUCCAUCGCCGAGGAGCGUGACCGCCGCCGUGCCCUCCAGUAA